AUGGCAGAUAGGUCGGACCGGAGGAGACCUGUGUACCGGGGUGGCUCCUUGCCACCUCCGCCGCCACCACGGAGUGGAGCACGGCAGUCUGGGUCAACCUUGGAGAAGGUUCGGGAGUUUCUGGCCGAGGCAGGCUUCGAUGCAAAGCCCAACCCUGCGUCCACGCUCAGGAAACCUGAAGUGGCGCCAAGGCGGAGCCAGGUCGACUCCCCCGCAGCUUCUGUGCGCGGCCAAAAGCCUGAAGCGUCCACAGCGUUGGCCAGAAGUCGUAGCACCUCGGAAGUGCGACAGUUGCCUCGCAGGAACCCCAGGGACGCACGUGUGGACGAGAGCAAGUCGAAGAAGCUUCCCGAGCCACCAGCCCCGCCAUCUCUUCCAAGCACAGCCAGCACCAGUGCACGCAACACAAGCCCGCACCAUGCAAGCACGCAGCCUGUGCUCCCGCCACCGCCGCCGCCAAAGAAGCACGGACGCGGGGCCGAAACACCUGACCCAGAUCGGGCCAAACGGCAGCGCCUGCCUGAGCCACCACCCGCGCCACUCGAGAGAUUGCCUCCCCCACCUUUGCCACCGAAGGUCGACAACUGGCACGAGGAGCAGGACCAUUAUGACAGUUGGGACUAUGAGUCCUGGGAUGACUACCAGAAAGUUGAUCGGGAAGCACAUCGCUAUGAGCCACAUGCACAGUACUCGCGCUAUUCAGAGGAGGAGGAGGACACUGAGCCAAGCAAUUUCCUCCCUCCACCACCGGCACCCGGUGGCCCCGCUGACUUUGCAUUUCCACCUCCUCCGGAAGUGCCGAAAGGUUGGGGAAAAGGCCUAUCUCGUAAUUCUCGGCGAAACACCUCAGGAAGCUAUGAUUACGAAAGCUGGGAUGACUACUGGGAAGACGACCGGCAGGAGGCACAUUACUCAGAGGAGGAAGAAGAGGAAGAGCCAAGCAACUUGCCCCCUCCGCCACCAGCACCCAUUGGCCCCACUGACCGCACAUUUCCUCCUCCCCCACAUGUGCCGAAAGGUUGGGGAAAGGCCAUGUCCCGUAAUUCCUGGAGAAAGAUGGGAGGAAACAGCCCAUGGUUCUGCAAUGUGUGCAACAAGGACUUGUGGAACCAGGAGAAGUACGACACGCAUGUGCAAGAUGAUCAUCUCCCCUGCCCAGAAGAUGGUUGCACCUUCUCUGGCCCGGAGCACGUCAUGGCCGUCCACAAGCUGAAGCACGUGAAGGCUGCGGACGGGGCCAGCGUCACAGACUCCCCGGAAGAGGUGGCCGCUUGGAAGGAAAUGCGGAGGAACAACUACCCUUGCAAAGGCAACUUGCAGAGGAAGGCGGAGCUAGAGGAGAAGCGCCGCAUGUCAGGAGCGCUCGCAGACCCCCCCAAGGUAAGCAUGCUGGAGAAGCUGCUUCGCCGCACCCACGGGGUGGAGAAGGGUAAGGGCUUCUUCGGCAAAGGUUUUGGAAAAAAGGGCAAGGACAAGGGCAAAGGGAAGUUCAAAGGCAAGGAUGGAAAGGGCAAAGAGAAAGGCAAGGACAAAGGCAAGGGCAAGGGCAAAGACUGGAGCAAAGGGAAGUAUGGCAAGAAAGGUAAGGGAAAGGCCAAGUGGAGCUGGACCCCUGAUGAAGAACCUGAAGUUCAUCCUACAUACAGCGUGCCACUUCCUUCAGUGGUGGCGAACUGUGUUCCACUAGAGGCACCGUUCGCAAGCUGCAGGUCGCACACGGCGCCUGUGCAGACAGGUCAGACAGCAACCCCGAAGUGGGGACCUUGCCGCUUCUUUGAGCGUGGCUUCUGCUACCAUGGGGCCAACUGUCAGUACGAGCACGUGGGCACUUCAGCGGCACAGGACUUGAGCAGCACUGCGUGGUGGAUUUUGCCGUCCACACUAGCCAACCGCGCUGGCAGACCAGGCGAGGGCCCCGCGGGGGGCACCUUCGGGUCCUUGCGUACCGCCCGGCUGCGGGCCACACACGUGGCGGCCUACAACUUCCCAGAGCCCCGGGAGCGUCGCGACGGCUUGCUGCGGCGCCUACUGCGCCCGGACAUGGAGAGGUACUAUUCCGCCAUUUUGCAGUGCGUGCGCUACAUUGUCUCCACCGACUUCUUGCGGCUUGAACGACCCGCGCUGGCAGAGCCAAGCCAAGCCCAAGCAGAUGUCUCGAGGAGUAAAGAUAUGGAGCUGGAUCCAGAGUUGGAGGCCGAGUUGCAGGACCCAGACAUGCCAAAGCUGGAUGCGCUGCUCAAGUGA